CUUCACACACACACGAGUAACUCUGGUGUUGGUGGGCUGCUGUUGCGUCGACCAGGCUGUUCACAGAAAUGGCUUGUGGAAUUCAUUUGGGGACCUUCUUGCUGAUUUGUUUGUUUCAAGCAGAGCAUGUACGCUGUUCAUGGGCCACACAAGCUCUUGGCUCCCAGAGACAAAACAGCAAUGCAUAUGUUGGCUUCUUGCAAAAGGACAGUGGACUAAGAACUGUUGGCAGUUAUCCCCAGAAUAAAUUCAGACAGGCCUCUGUUUCUCCAGGCUUGGCCCAGAGCAGUAUCCUCAAUCCAGAGCCUGCAGUUAGCAGUGGUUAUAAUCAGGGGUUUUCCAGCAGUGGCUACACACAAACUGUUUCACAGCCAGCUCACAGUGGCUACGCUUCAGUCAGGUUAGCGCAGAGCAGCUCUGGGUCAAAUCCCAAUUGGCAAAAAAUAGGCUCCAAGCAGGUAAAUGCCCAAAGUGUCCCAAAAUUGCAGUUCUUGGGCCUUUCUACCGCUAUCGCUAGUGGAAGUUCUUUGAGUAAGCACAGUCAAAACCAGAACAGCCUCAGUGACAGGAGAACUUGGCCCACUGAGCAGGGUACACAACGUAUUAACCAGCAUUCGUCCAGAAAUUCUGCAUCUGCUCAGAAUCCAGCCUACUCUGUGCAAGCGGGUUAUGCGCAAUCUUCGCGGUCUUCUAGCCUGUUCAGUGCAGAAGGUCCUGUGCCAAAAGACAGCUCUGUACGGAAGCACACCUCAGCCACUGCCCGUGCUCGACGAGUGUCUUCACGGCCUAAAGCUGCAGCAUCUAAACCCUCUCGUUUUUCAGUCUCUCAAAAUGAGGGAACCAGAAAUAACCCCAGCCAGACCGUGGAUGGAAAUUGGUUCCAGAGCAAGCUGUUUACUGUGACCCAAGGAUCUGCUCAAGGAGGCUACAAGCCUGCUUCCAACAUGGCCUCAAGUUAUCCCCAGUCUGUUGCAGAACCUUACAAACAAAAUGCUGCUGCCUUUGCACCACGCAGUCUUCGAGGGAGCCAGGGCUUGAACUAUGACUCCAGCUACACCGCCACUGAGCAGAUGCCCAGCCAAACCCGCCCUGUGUCAUUGGUGUGGAACACCAGAAACCAGGAAGAAGGUGGCCUGCGUGUCACAGGGGGCUCUUCUCAGCACUUUUCCCCGACCAGAACCCACAGCAUCCCUCAUCGCUUCGGUGGCUCGCCCAUCAGGAGGCUGAGGGGGUCAUCUGACCAGAAGCAAGUUGUCCGGACCCCACAGCUGAAAUACAUGGCUCCCUCACAGCAGACUGCUUCCUACAAUCCACAGGUUCAGAGUGUUCACCCAGAGAACAAAUGGGUGAGGAUCAGCAAGCUGCAUCAAUGACAUGAGAAGAUGCAGCAGGAUGCCAAGUCCAGAUUCAGUGUUUUUGGAAUAAAUUCUUAAUUUAUAUCUCGUCUCUUGUCUUUUUCUACCACACACCUUGCAUACACUGCAGGCAUGGUGGUCAGGAGCACUUUGGGGUUCAGUAUUAGGCAGGUGAAAUGAGGGAGACUGAGAUUGAACCACUGACCUUCUGAAAAAAACCGUCUUCCUGCUGAUCCACCCAGUGGAGCGACAGACACUUCAGUGAGGGGGUGGAGGAGCGAGGCCAGAAGCGAUCGUCUCGGCCGCCGGACUCUGGAGACCAGGAGCUUCGAGGAACCAUCCAGCUCCUUGCAGUAAUGGCGACCAUUGUGAUGGAGAGAAUUGGGCGUGUGUUCAUCAGCCUGCAGCAGAUCAGGCAGGUCCCCCAGAUGCUGACUGAGGCUGCUCCCUCCAUGCCUGGCACCGUGAGAGACACCGAGGUUCCCGCCUAUUUUGGGGAGCUCCAUGUCUGCACAGGCUACCGACCGCUCAACCAGAACUGGCGCUACUACUUCUUGUCCUUGUUCCAGCGCCACAAUGAGACUAUCAACAUCUGGACUCACCUGCUGGCGUUUUUAGUUCUUCUCGUCAAAUUGCAGCAGCUCAUAGAGACUGUGGACUUUGUUGGCGAUCCUCAAUCGUGGCCUCUAUUGAUUCUCAUCCUGUCGUCUUUAAACUAUACUGGCUUCAGCGUACUAGCUCACAUGCUGGGUGGGAAGUCUGAGCUGUAUCACUAUGUCUUCUUCUACCUAGACUAUGUCGGGGUAGCACAGUAUCAGUACGGCAGUGCUAUAGUUCACUUUUAUUAUGCUGUGGAUGAGGGCAUGCACAGACACGUGCAUGGGAUCUUCAUGCCUGUUGCCACCAUCCUCAGCUGCUUGUCAUGCCUGGGUUGUUGCUACGGCAAAUACUGCAACCACACCCAAUCAACGAGGGUGCGUAAGGUGUGCCAGGUGCUGCCCUCGGCAAUCGCCUACAUGUGGGACAUCAGUCCAGUGGCUAAGAGACUCCUAUCCUGGUCCUCAGCCAGCAGUGACCAAGCCGUUCUCUUUCACUUUGGCCAAGUGAUGUUCUUUCUCAUCUGUUCCUUCUUCUUUACCUUCCCCCUCUUCGAGCGCUGCUUCCCUGGACGCUGCGAUUUUGUGGGACAGAGUCACCAGAUUUUCCAUGUUUUGCUAUCCUGCUGCACCCUGUGUCAGAUUCAUGCCUCCCACCUUGAUUACGUGGGCCGCCGGGAGCUGUACUCCCGUUUGCAUGGCAGUGGUGAGGUUGCUCUCUUUGCGGGACUCUACGGGGUCACUCUUGUCAUGUGUGCGCUAAUUAGUGCCUUCAUGUUGAGGAAAGUUAAACAAAUGCUUGACUUGAAGACCAAGUCCAAAUAAUGGAUUGAAUGUUGUAGGAACUAUGUCCGUCAUGUGCCUUCUCCUUCCAGACAAUCUGCCUUGAUAGAAAGGGAACUUAAUAUUUUUGAUGCAGUCGCAGAAAGAAGUAAUGUUAUAUAGUAUUAAUGAUUUGAUACUAAUCCUUGUGGUACAAUUCACCCUAACAGCAUUUAUCAUGUUUUAGUAAAGGCUGCUGCUUUGAUCAAUAUCAGCUUCUUAUAAUGCACAGACUAACUAAAUAUAGAUAUGACGAAUAGAUGACAAACAGUGAACAAAACAUACUUUUUUUUUAUACUACAACACUGUGAUGACAAGGAUGAGCAUCUGCAAUUUGCAAAUAUUGUUAAUAUACAUUACUUUUAUAUGCACAUAGUGGGCAUAUUUAACCCAGGACAAUUAAAGGAUUUUUAAAAAUG